CAGGAUUUGACCUUGCCCAUAAUAGGAGCGCUGAAUCGAAUAAUCAAGUGGUGCGCCGCUAUUGAGAGUACUAUCGUGCUCACAGUCGCUUCAAUUUCUGCACGGGCUUCAUACGCGACGAAGUCACCGUUGUUGCUGCUCAAUACAGUUCUGUGUGUAACUCGCACGAUUCCUAUUCUCCAUACGCUCAAGAUGCCUUCUUACAAGGUGGUGUACUUCCAGGGCCGUGGCUAUGCCGAACCCACCCGCAUGUUGCUAGCCCUUGCCGGCCAGGAGUUUGAGGACGUUCGCUACUCGCGUGAGGAAUGGUCCCAGCACAAAGCCGAGGCUCCUAUGCAGCAGUUGCCUUACUUGGAAGUCGACGGGAAGAUUAUCCCUCAGAGCCGUGCCAUGCACGGCUUCGUGGCCAGGGAGUUCGGCUUUAAUGGUGCCAACAACGAGGAGACGACUAAAAUUGACGUCAUCAAUGCUAUUCUUGAAGACAUUCGAAUUCCACUCAGCAAAAUCUUUUAUGAACAGGACGAAGAAAAGAAGAAAGAGGGACUGGCGAAAUUUUAUGCCGAAACUACUCCCAAGUUCUUCAAGGCACUUGAAAAGAUGCUGGUAGACAACAACGGUGGUGAUGGCUUCUUGGUCGGUUCCAAGAUUUCUCGCGCUGACAUCUUCUUUUACGUCAGCAUGGAAUUUCUGGAUCAGAACGAGGUCAAGAAGUAUCCGAGGUUGGUAGCCCUGAUGGAGCGCGUUGCCAAGGACCCCAAGAUCGCUGCUUACUUGGCUAAGCGUCCGCAAACGCAGUUUUAAAGGGGAGACAACGGGUGCCAUGCUUCCCCAGUUAGAGCCAAAAGCACACUUUAAAAAGUUGAUAGCACCAAAAUGUAGCCUAACACCUAAGAUGGGUUUAAGCACAAGAGGAAGAACGUAACUUGUGACCCUCCCACAGUGGCAUGUUAAUAUUUGUCCCAAUUUAUGCCUGAAACAAGGGGGGGCGGUGGUACCGUGCGUACAGUCUGCUUGUGUAGUCACUCGGCAUUUGGCUAGGUAAUAAGCAACCUUUGAGUAGCAUAUCGUUUCAAUGCAGAUUCAGAACUGAAUUCAGCAAACUGAAGUAGGCCUUGGAGUCGAGGUUGACCAGAUUAGUCUUCAGGCCUGAUACGGUAAAGGCGUGAAAAGGUCGCGCAUUCCCUCACCACUCACCACUCGAUAAAAUGAUCGAGUAGCCUAUUUUCGAAAAAUACAAUGAAAAGGUCCUGAGGCACAAGGUACGGCUUUCCAAAUGUCUGCCGCAUGAAGCGGCUCACUUAGGCUCGUUUUGGGCCGAACGAAUAUGAUAAGUCAGUAUGAGAACACUUGAUUAGUAAUUUCAAUAUUAAAAACGAGAACAUGCUUACACUUUUUUACCGAAGACAAGCGGCACCCUUUUGGUGGUGUUUAAAAUUAUUUUCCCAGAGCGAAGCUCAAUAAAACAGAAACGAGACAAUCACAGAGCUGAAAAUAUAUCUCUUAAGUUUCCCUCGGUAACCAUAGGAUAACUGUGUGGAAUUUUAAAGGUCCACCUCCCAAAAAGGUAACAUUAAAUGAACGUUCGGUGCCAUACUAGGCCUACGGGGGUUGGAAUUUAAUAAAAUAUAUUCAAACUGAUAUGACUGUGUAAAAAGAAGAAAGUUUACUCCACUGGCAUAAUUCUACUGGCAGACCAAGUAUACAGAUUAAAAAACAUAUCACUAUAUAAUGCAAAAACAUUUAGUAUUUUGACACUUUUCAACAAAGUAAAAAAAUGCUUUAUUAAAUCAAAACACUUUUUGAUUCUGUGCCAACAAGACUUGCAAGCAUGACAAGGCGGAAUUGAAAGGUCAGCAAAUGCGACCUUUCUGUUGAAAACAUUGAUAACUGUCGUUAUCGUGUAAGCGCCGAUGUGGUCAUUGAAAGUAUUGUAAUGAACAUUGUUUACAUAGCAGCGUAAACGCACAGACUUUGGACAGAGUCACGUGUUACUGCUAUUCAAACUCAGCUGCAAUUUGCCUCAGCAUGAGACCUAGACAUUGCCCCAUCCUGUAAUCUGCCCCACAUGUCAAUGGAAAGAUUUUACUUUAAUAUCUCAACAAUUUUAGCCUGUUUUCUGCAUCAAUUCGGGAAAUGAUUUAAAAUACAAAUACAUGAUGGGGGGUUCCUGUGUGCUAUUGGCGUAAGGAGUGGGGAAAAUAUGAACAUGUUAAUGGUAAUGAUAGAUAUUUAAAUAAAGAAGUGAACUUGUUGUGAGA